UCUCUGAUCAAACUUUUUAUUUUUAUCUUUAUUGAAUUUUCAUUCUAACCAUUUAAAGUCAAAAUUUCUUGAGCUUAGACCCACAAACCGAAUAUUUCAACCGCCGACUUGUUUGAAUAUUGAAAUCUAAAGUCCUGCAUGAUGUUAAUUUUUGUGACAAUUUUGUGACUCAUCGAAGUUGAAUUAUUAGCAUCGUGCGGCGAAGCGAUCUAAAUUGUCAAUGCACCAAAACUACGACAUCCUCCACGAAUUACUUAUCCUAAAGGGGCAACUCAACUAACAUCAAUUUCUAUCAGCCAUGCUGCUAACGAAAGAUAUCAGUCACGGCGGUGUUGGUGGAGAUGUAACAACAAAUGGAGGUGGCUUGACCACGCCAGUCGCUAGGAUAUCAUCAGAUUCCAUCCCAAUCCACCCAAUGGGCGUCAAACCACUGGGCAACCAAUACUUCGCCUCUGGCCCGACCGCUCGGCAGUCUCUUGGUUUGUUAGCCCGACUUCCGGAUGAGAUGAUUUUACAGAUACUCGAGUACCUCGAUAUCAAGUCGUUAAAGGAUAUCGGUUUUACUUGUCGCUUUCUAUUUGCAUUUAGUCAAUUAGAUGAAUUAUGGAAAGCCCUAUUUCUUGAGACUAGUACCCAAGCACUCCCAUGGAAAGGGUCAUGGAGGAAUACGCUCCUAAAAGCCCCUGCUGGCUGGCGGGCUAAGAUUGACUGCAGCAAUGUCUUUUCUGAUGUCAUGCACAGGCCUUUUGCCUGUGCUCAUAUUGCUCUUGGAAAAUACUCAUCAAGCAUCCCCGAAGCUACUCGAAUUGAUCGUUUCGAACGGCUUAGCUAUGAAGACUUCGCACAAAACUGGAGCAGUAAGCCAUUCAUAUUAACUGAUUGCAUUCAGCGGUGGCCAGUGUGCAACAAUUGGAACAUUCAAAAACUAAACAGGGCAUAUUCAAAUGUCGAGUUCAGAGCUGAAGCUGUAGAUUGGCCAUUCUCGGUUUAUCAUGAAUACCUUUCUGAUAAUGAUGACGAGAGCCCCCUAUACUUGUUCGACAAAGCUUUCGCAGAGAAGAUGAACAUCCAGGUUGGAAAUGGCACGGACGCCGUGUAUUGGCCGCCGGAGUGCUUUGGUCCAGACCUAUUCGAAUUGCUUGGUAAGGAAAGGCCAGCUCACCGUUGGUUGAUCAUUGGCCCCGAGCGCAGCGGUUCGACUUUUCAUAAGGACCCUAACGCGACUAGCGCUUGGAACGCUGUUCUGGAGGGAUCGAAAUACUGGAUCAUGUUCCCUCCGACAGCGCAGGUUCCCGGUGUUUAUGUUUCGGAAGAUAGUAGCGAAGUCACCAGCCCUUUAAGCAUAGCUGAAUGGUUACUCGAGUUCCAUACGGAAGCACGUGCUUUGCCAGGCUGCAUAGAAGGCAUUUGCAAAGCUGGCGAGAUUUUACACGUGCCUAGCGGCUGGUGGCAUUUAGUUGUGAACCUUGAAGCUGGCAUCGCUCUCACACAAAACUUUGUGCCUCAGUCACACCUUGCAGACGUGCUCUCCUUCCUUAAAGACAAGUCGGAUCAGGUUACCGGCUUCAAGAAAAACAUUGAAAGUCCGUAUGAUCUUUUCGUUGAGCGGCUGAGGGCUCAAUACCCCGGCCUUCUUGACGAUGCUCUUGUCGAGUUGGAUAGGAGGAAUCAGAAAAAGAAGCGAAAGUGGGAGGAAGCGAUCGGAAACAAGAACGAAGCUGGGGAAAGUGUGGGCGGUUUCAGCUUCGGCUUCGGCUUUGGCGAUGAAGAAGAGGAAGAAAUACCUUAGUGUAUUUUAAAAAUAUACGAUGACCUAAGAGUGUUUAUUACCUACCUAUGGCGUGCCAAGGUGAGAAUUAGAUUAUGACACUAGAAGCUGCGAUAUUCGUCAAUAAGACGUGGGGGUAUUACAAAAGCAAGGCGUGCCUGAGCCUACAGGUGAUUAAGGCCGCAUUCGGUCCCGGUCAGCAUCUUGUCUUACUGGCGGACGGCUGAGUGGCCAACUGAGAAGAAUGUAGGUGGCAUGGUGGCAUGGUGGCUUGCGGAUUUUGUAACCCAGUUUCUUAGUAUGGCGUGCUACCUGUUUCCGGAAUUAGGUAGAUAGCUACCAAGGUAGACACAAUAAGUUCGGACCGAGUGAGACAAUUUGAUGUGUAUUUGCCUUAUUCGAAGCGAGGCUUACUGGGCAGUGUCUGCGGGUUAUUAUUUAGAUUAUUUGGCUUGGGAUUUUAUGUCCUGG